GUGCUGUGAAAUUGCGGAGUCUCAUCUGCAACUCUUUCUUCUCCCUCACUCCACCCACUAAUUCUAUGCUAGUAGAUUCUGAGACUGUAUCAACCGAAAAAGCAAAAUCCGACUUGGGUUUUUUUUUUUUUUUUUUUUUCUUCGCCUCUGCUUGGAUUCUGAUUUCUGAGCAAUCAGCUUACCAGAGAGGAGAAUCAUGGCUUCACCGACUUACCAGAAGAAGCUUUCCUUCGUUGUGCUCUUCUCCUCUCUUUUCCUUCUUCUUCCUUCCGCUCAAUCCACCAACGUCAAAUACUGCGAUAAGAAAGGCAAAUAUGAUGUGAAGGUCAAGGGAGUUGAGAUUUCCCCCGACCCGGUUGUAAGUGGCGAGCCAGCGACCUUUAACAUAGCAGCUUCAACAGGUCAAACCAUCUCUGGUGGAAAAGUUUUAAUUGAGGUUUAUUUUUUUGGGGUGCACGUUCAUACAGAAACACGCAAGCUUAGUGAGGAGAUUUCCUGUCCUAUUAAAGCUGGAGACUUUGUGCUUUCCCACACCCAAACUUUACCUGGAUUCACUCCACCUGGUUCAUACACACUUAAAAUGACAAUGGUGGAUGACAAAGAUCGAUUGUUGUCUUGCAUCAAAUUCGAUUUCAAAAUCCACUUUGGAACUUCGGUCUCUGAUAAUUAAGUGCCUAAGAACCAAACUCCACGUACUGUUUCCAAGUAGCGUGCCACUUGGUGAGGAGAAUUGGUUUCUAGUGUUUAGUGGUGCAUCAUGUGGCCAACUGUUAAACAAGUUGAGAUGUUAAUAAAUAAAUAGAUAUAGGCUCAUGACAAGCGAGCCAAAAGGAUAUCUGAAUGGUACUUGUUGCUUUUUUGUUUCUUCGCCAGUUUUUUCUGUCAUGUUUGUUGCCUUUGGUUUGUAUUGAUGCCGUACUGUGCUUUGCAGAUUGCACACCGGUGCAGCAUUAGUAGUUUGUACUUUGUAAACUAGAAAUAGUGAUUUCAAGAUAGACUCCUAUGGAGCAAUUAUUCUGUAGAC